AUGAAUAAUAAUAAUAAUCAAGCGAAUAAUUUUGCCGCAUCGGCUUCAUCAUCGUUGUUUGGUCGUUCUGCAACAACACCACUGUCACAUCAGCAGCAGUACCCUAGCCUCAUGAACCAUCAGCAGCAAUGGGCACAUCUUCUGUCUAGAUCACACCCUCAAGCCCAAUUUCAUGGUAAUUUUCAGUUUGCGGAAUCCCAAUCCCAAUCGCAAUCUCAAGCCGCGCUGCAGGCUCAUUAUGCGCAAAUGCAAGCUCAGGCUGCAUAUGCUUCUUUACAACAAUCAUCGCAAGUUCAACCUGUUACUCCGUUGCGUAAUGCUGGUAAUACUAAUGUUGCAUCGACUCCGGUUACUGGGAGCUCGAAGCGAGGUGUGUCUCAAAGGAAUUCUUUGCGGACUCCAGGUUCGUCUGGCGUGAACCAAAAUGUGUCGGAUAAGACUGAAGAUUUGACUCCUGCUUUUCGGCGGAGGAAGAGGGAGUUACCGGAGAAGCAGACGUUGGAGAAAGUGGCUGCGAUUCUGCCCGAGUCUGCUCUUUAUACUCAAUUGCUUGAUUUUGAAGCUCAGAUUGAUGCUGCAUUGGCUAAGAAAAAGGUUGAUAUGCAGGAGGCUAUUAGAUGCCCUACCCAUGUUCGGAAAACUCUUAGAAUGUAUGUCUUUAAUACAUUCUCGAAUCGCUCAAAACCUGCCUCGGAGGAUACAAUUGCUGAGGAAUCUUCUUGGUCUCUGAAGAUAAUUGGAAGAGUAUUUGAAGAUGGUAAUGUUCCUGUGUCGCAGAGAUUGAGUCCUUCUGACACAAAAUUCUCUGAUUUCUUCAAGAAAGUUACCAUUUGCUUGGAUCAGAACCUCUAUCCUGAAAACCACAUCAUUGUGUGGGACAGUGCUCAUUCGCCGAAACAACAGGAUGGUUUUGAGGUGAAGAGGAAAGGAGACAAAGAAUUCACUGCAGUGAUCAAAAUCGAUUUGAAAUAUUCGCCCGAGAAAUUCAUGGUCUCGGCACCAUUGUCUAAACUUCUAGGGAUUGAGGUCGAGAGUCGCCCGAGAAUAAUAGCUGCUCUUUGGCAUUAUGUGAAGUCCAGAAGGCUACAAUGUCCGGACGAACCUUCGUUCUUCAUCUGUGAUCCAUCCCUCCAAAGGAUUUUCGGGGAGGAGAAGAUGGGAUUCUCCAUGGCUGCACAGAAGUUGUUAGACCAUAUGUCUCAACCAAAGCCUAUAUAUUUGGAGCAUAACAUCAAGCUGUCUGGAGAUUGUCCUGCUGGAACUGCAUGUUACGACGUACAGGUUGACGUGCCUAUACCACUGCAGAAAGAAAUGUCUGCAUUUUUGGCUAGCAACAGUGUUGAGAGUCACAAAGAGAUUGAAGCUUCUGAUGAGAUUAUUUCCAGUAACCUAAAAAAAAUCCAAGAGCAUCGUAGAAGACGUGCUUUCUUUCUUAGCUUUAGUCAGUCUCCAUCAGAGUUUAUCAAUACUAUGAUUGCUUCUAAGAGCAAAGAUCCAAAACUUGCUGCUGGAGAUGCUGGCUCUAAUUCCAACAAGGAACAGCAUUCUGAAUUUUAUAAUCAACCAUGGGCUGAAGAUGCUGUCAUUCGGUACUUGAACCGCAAAGCUGCUGGAAGAGAUGUUCCGGAGGGUAGCUAA